ACUAAACAUUUCUGUGUCUUCUUUCGUAAUUUAAAGAGAUGAAAGAAAAUUUGCAUCACUGGUCUAAAACUGAAUUUCGAGAUGUUGUGCGUCUCAUAAUACCAUGGCUCGAUGGUUCACAGGAAAUUUGUUGAAACUUGUCUGGCAUAUGUUUUCUCAGGUUUAUUUAAAGUUGCUUCUCUUCAACUGUUUCCUAACGGAAGCCUACAGAUCUUCAGUAAAAGAGAAUUUUGAUUUUAAAGAACUUAGAUACAAAAACAUUUUAUUCGUCCCGAUUACGAUGAUGUUUUUUUCCCCCUACUUUUCCCUAUGCAAAUAGCUUUAUACAUGUUGCGUUCCAUUCAAAUUUUUAUCUGCGUUUUGAUUUUCUUUACUUUUGGAUAUACUAUUUUCAUCAAUGGCAAGACAAAAAGUUAAACGUCUGCGAAGAAAUCGAUACAGAUCAGCUCAAAUUCUUGAUGGUGACGGCUACGACAGUGAUAAAGAGAAUGAGAGUCCAAAGCCACCAACAAAUGAUGCACCAUCAACGUCUUCUCCAAAUACGAUCCAAUAAUAACAGCUGCUAACAACAGCACUUCAGCAUCAACAAUAACAGUCAAUGAAAAUUCAGUUGGUCGUCGACGAAAAGAUUUUACAUGUAAAACACCAUUACAUUCAACGACUCAUAUUAGAUAUCAUUUAACUUCCAUACAUAAGAAAUAUGAUUUAUUAACAAAUCCUUCAGCAAAAUCAUCAAAAUCAUUAGUAUCUGAAAACUUAAAACGAGAAUUACAUACAUUAUGUUACAGUGCUAUUGUUAAAGAUGGUAGAUCGUUCAGUGAUUUUCGUAAAGAUGGUAUUUUAACAAUUUUUAACAGAUUGUGUCCUGAUUAUAUACGGCGGCAAAAUAACUCCGCUUGCGCUGACGCAAAAUAG